CAACUGCGCGAGCUCAACCUCGUUAAGGCCCUGAUCCCGCUAGCCGGCGUCGAUCUCGGGGCGCCUUCGCAUCCCUGGGCCUACUGCUCGGACGCCAGUCUUUGGGGCUACGCCGUUGCCACGUCCCGAUUUGACCCAGACGAGCUGAUGGACAUCGGCGCAUGCCGCGAGCGCUGGCGUUUCCUGGCCGUUGAUCGCUACGCUGACGACCCUGGGGGCCCUCCUGGCUUUGAAGUCGCCGUGCAGGCCGGCUUCGCCGCGGGCGCUGCCGACGACAGCCUCAUCGCUGGCAUGGGGCAGCCGCCGCCGGGGCGAGGGGCCCCGCGGCGACGCCGCCCGGCCAGGAUCGAGGUUGAGGCAGCGGCCGCCGCUGCCGGCGGCAGCGCCGUCCCGGCGCUGCCGGACUCGGCGCUCGCGGCUCACCGGUGGCAGCUCGUCGUGCGUGGCGCCUUCCUCUUCCCAGCCCCGAUCCACGUGCUGGAGGGCCGGACGACCCUCCUGGGGCUCAGGCGCGCCACUCGGUCGGUGGCCGCUCACGGGUGCCGCGUCCUCUCCAUAGGGGACAAUCUCUCAUCCAUGAUGGCGUUCGAGAAGGGCAGGUGUGCCAACCCAGUCUUGCGCCAGCUGGCCUGCCAGUCCGCAGCCCGACAGCUCGCCACGGGGAUCCAGCGCUACCAUCGCUACUCCGAGAGCAAGCGGAACCCCACCGACCACGAUUCCAGAGCGGCGGCACGCGCGUGGCACGACCUGACCGACAGGAACGUGAUGCGUGUGAUCCGUUCUCUGAUAGUGCGGCGGGAGGUGUGGUACGUCCACCUCGGCACCCCGUGCGCGCCCUUCAGCCAGGCCACGCCCGCGCAGGCCCAGGCCAAGCAUUUGGCCUCCGGUGCUGGCGCUGUCUCGUUCACCGUCGACUUGCUUCGCUUAUGUGAUCGAUUUGGCGUAAAGUGGUCGCUCGAGAAUCCUUCAUCGUCACGUCUUUGGCAGCGCUCAGAGGUCACAGCCUUCCUGGAACGUCAUUGUCAUUAUUUCGUCAACGUGCAGUACUGUCAAUACAAUUGCCGCUACCUGAAGCCCACUACCCUCGUCACCAACCUAAGGCCCCUCCAGGCCCUAAGCCACCGGGAGUGGCAGCCGGGCCAGCUCGACUGGGGCAGCAGCAUCGCGCAGGCGCGUGCCGCCGAGCGCGACCGGCGCCGCCGGUUCAGCCAGGUCGGCUUCAGCGGCGGCGCCGGGCAGCUCGCGGCCGAGCAGAGGGUCGCCCACAGCGAGGUGGCCCGCAGCGACUUCCUGGCGCGCCGCCGGGUGAAGCCGCUGACGCAGCAGCACUACGGCCGCGCGGCCGCGGAGGUGAGGCGCUUCGCGGAGAGGCAUCACUACCCGCAGACCACGGCCGCGCAGAGGGACCAGCUCAUGGUGGGCUACCUGCAGGGCAUCUUCGUGGCGGGGGGCGGCUACGCGUUCGAGGAGAGGAUCGACCUCAGAGGCGCGUCCGAGUUCCCGCAGGCCCGCCUGACGCUCAGGGGCUUCUCCAGGGCGGCGCCUGGGGAGCAGCGGGGCCCGUGCCCCUGGGAGGCGGCGCUGCUGAUGGUCGAUCAGUACCUCGGCUCCUCGUGUCCGCGCCAGCGGCUUGUGGGGGUUGCCGUGGCAGGGGCCUUCGACGGCUACCUUCGGCUCCCGGUGCUGCUCAGCGUGAAGGCCUGCGACGUCACGUGCCUCCAGCACUCCGCGACGUCGGCCUGCCCCCAGGUCUCGAUCUCCCUGAUGCUCGCGGCGCCGCCAGACUGCCCGCCGUCCGCGACGACGAAGUCCGGCGAGUCCGACGACGCGGUUAUCGCCGGCGGCAGCGCGGCAGCGGCCGCCCUACGGCGCUGGGUGGCCAGGCUCAUCCGAGACCUCAAGAGGGCCAAGCCAGCCACCUGGCCGCUCUUCCCGUUCACGGCCCGUGAGUUCCAGGCCGCCCUUCGGCAGGCGGGGGACGCGGCCGGGCUGCAGAGGUUGCGCCUCGGUCCCCACGCCCUGCGGCACGGCGGCGCAUCGGUCGACUACGCCCUGCAGGACCGCUCACCCGCGGAGGUGCAGCGCCACGGCCGCUGGAAGUGCGCCGCGAGCGUGAGUCGGUAUGAGAAGGCUGGCCGUUUGACCCGACAGCUCGCCAAGUUCUCCAGUGCUCAGUUGUCGGCCACCAGCCUCGUCGGUGAGAGACUCGCCGCCAAGGCGUCUUUCGACUUUGGCCGCAGCGUGACAAGGUGA